CCAUCCUCUCUAAUCUAUUCAACCCAAAAAAAAAAAGAACUUAAGAACUUACUACUCCACUUUUAAGUCUUAACCCAAGUUUACUUUUCCUAUACCUUCAAGGACCAAGAAAUGGCUCCAACACUUGCAGACUCAGCCACUGACAACUUUGAUCUGAAUGAUUUUGUAAUAAACCAAGGAAAUGGUGUAAAGGGUCUGUCAGAUUUGGGACUAAAAAGCCUUCCUAGACAAUAUAUCCAACCCCAAGAAGCACUUAUCAAUAUUAUCCCAAAUGAAUCCAUUCCUGUUAUUGACAUGUUAAACUGGGACACUGAUCCUAAAAUUGCAGAAUCUGUUUGUGAUGCUGCAGAGAAAUUUGGGUUCUUCCAGUUGGUUAACCAUGGAGUCCCACUUGAGGUUCUUGAAGGUGUUAAGGAUGCGACACAUCGUUUCUUUGGAUUACCUGCAGCAGUUAAGAGAAAAUAUUCCAAGGAGCAUUCAUCUACUAAUAAUGUCAGGUUUGGUACAAGCUUUAGUCCUGACUGUGAAAAGGCUCUUGAAUGGAAAGAUUAUCUUAGCCUCUUCUAUGUCUCUGAAGAGGAGGCUUCUGCACUAUGGCCUCCUGAGUGCAAGGAUGAAUGCCUGGAAUACAUGAAGAGAUCUGAAGUUCUGUGCAAGAAGCUAAUGGGUGCUUUAAUGGAGAGAUUGAACGUGAAAGAAAUAGACGACAAGAAAGAAUCUUUACUAAUGGGUUCCAAAAGGAUUAACCUAAACUACUAUCCAAGAUGUCCAAAUCCUAAUCUCACAAUAGGCGUAGGUCGCCAUUCUGAUGUCUCUGCACUGACUUUUCUUCUGCAAGACGAAAUCGGAGGGCUUUACGUUAGAGUAAACGAAGGAAAAGGAGAAGAAGAUGGAUGGGUUCAUGUUCCUCCUAUUGAAGGCUCACUUCUGGCUUUUCUUUUAGGAUGAAUGCCUGGGAAUACAUGAAGAGAUCUGAAUUCUGUGCAAGAAGCUAAUGCAAAAAACAUGUAUAUCUCUAAUUUCCUCGAUCUUGUUGAAUCCGGAAGCAAAAACAGAAUCUCAAUUCCGAUUUUUGUUAAUCCAAAGCCGAGUGAUGUGAUCGGUCCUUUGCCUGAAGUUCUUGCAAGUGGAGAGAAGCCUAAAUACAAAAACAUCCUUUAUUCUGAUUAUGUCAAGCAUUUCUUCAGAAAGGCUCAUGAUGGGAAGAAGACUGUUGACUUUGCUGUUGCUAAAUAAUUUUACUACAACUGUUAUAUUAUGAAUGUAGUAAUAGUUUGUGUCACUGUUAAUAAUGCCGUAAUCAUAUAAUCUUUAUUGAAUAAAAUUUCAGAUUUGUUAAAAAUAAGAAUUAAUAACUGUUGUUCUUUUUCUUUUUCCUUUAGAAAUAGAAACAAGAAUGUAAUUUUAAUUAUUUUUACAAGUUGGAACUAUCGUGGCUGUAUUCGUGUUAGUUGACAGUGACACGCUAAUUCAGAUUAAA